AUGGGGAUGCAUGUGGGGAUCCCUCGGAGUGGAGGGGGCGCGGGGGAGGAGUUGCGAGACUCGAAUAAGCCUGCAGGGGCUGUUGAUGCUGCUGCUGAUGCUGCUGGUGCUGCGAUGCAAGAGGCGAGCGGCGAGGUACAGAUACAGCGCAUGCUGGCUGGGCUGUCGCACCUCGCACGCUUCCUGCGACUGGAGCAUGCACAGCAGGAGGAGGCGGAGGCAGAGGCAGAGGCAGAGGCAGAGGCAGAGGAAGAGGCAGAGGGAGAGGGAAAAGCAGCGACAGAGAGAGGGGAAGCAGUGUUGUCAGGCCGAGUGAUGGCGAGGCUGCAGAUGGGGAGAGGCAGCGAGGACGAGAGGCAGCAGCUCAUGGCUGUCCUGCUGGCGCUCAAGCAGCAGGAGGAGCAACAGCUUCCGCCGCAAAAGCAAAACCCUAAACAGCAGCAGAAGAAGGAUCUGAAGCCGACGGAGAAGCAGAGCGUAUGCAAGCGGCAGAAGGGGCAGAGGGCGGUGAGUCAAGAGCAGCCAGGGGUCCCCCAGGCGCCACACGUGCAAGAGCAGCAGGAGCAGCAGGAGCAGCAAAAGCAGGAGCAGCAGGAGCAGCAACGGCAAGAGCAGCAGCAGCAGGAGGAAGGAGGAAAAGAGGAGGCUUGGCUGUCAGCCUUCUCGGCUCUUCCAGAGGCCGGAGCAUCAGCGAAGCAAGUGGAGACCGCCCUUGCUGCUACAUUUGCUCCUAGAUACGGCCUAGAUGGCGCUCUGCGUGGUGCUAGUCGGUUGGAGCGCACGGGAGGGCGACAUAUGGAGAGGAGCAGCGGCCGUGGUGGCAGUGACCCUGAGUUUGUUCUGCGUGGCAGUGGCACCACCCCCAGCAGUGUCAUGAGCAAUGGGAUCCACAAUAGCAAUGUGAUGGUGGGAGCGCGUGGCACCACCAACAGUAGCCUUUUCAGCAGCACUGGCACCAACUCAGCGAGCGAUGCUGGGAAGAAGAGGAAAAGCCCAGAGCACCCGACUGGUUGCGCUACAGCCGCUCACACGCAGCAGCACGCCAGGCAGACCCCAAAUGUGAGGGUCCACCAGAGUGGUGUGCUGGAAGGCAUUUGCACAAGGGAAGACGACGUGACUUUAGAGUUUACCCAAAAAUCGCCUCGGGAUGAGCGUGCGGGGUGA